GAUAUGCACUCGUAACCAAAAAACUACGAACCAAAACGAGUACGUAAACGCAUGAUAUGAUGAGCGAGCGCACCUGAUACUCACUUCGCAAAGAAAUUCAGUGCACUUCACUUCGUUUCCAAUCACGAGUAUAUCAUGAUCAUUUCACUCUGAUUAAUUUUCAACGAAAAUUAUAUCUCAUUUUCACUGCACUCUCAUUUUAACAGAGCACAUUUGCACCGCAUUUCGCUGAAGAAAUCCUGCACCAUUUAAAAAAAUAAGAUGCGAGUGUCCUUAUCUUCGGCGAGCAUACUGAUCUGUUGGUUUUGGUUCGGUCCAACGAUAGCUUCAUAUUUACCGACAAGGGAGAUUCAGAGAGGACCUGGCGAAGUGGCAAGACAUGGCAUCGCUCCUGAGCCCAGCUGCGAGGAGCUCAAAGCGAUGUGGCGACUUUCCAAAAGACAGUCGAGAGCAUCGGAAUUAACGAAUGAGGUUCCCACAUUCGAGGACCCAUUCACCCACAACAUCUGGCCACCCUACUAUGCGACCAGCAGAAGCAUGGGAGGAUUGUACAUAAGACAUCGCCCAGUUUACGGGAAAAUGGUUCAUUCGCCUCACACGCAAGAUGAAAGGAAUAAGGCGUUCGAAGAGUUGACCCAUAACUAUGGAAGGAUUCAGCAAGGAGAUCCACGUAGAAAGUUCACCACUGCCUUCCGGUAUUCAGGUGGUGGAAACCGAAGACCGGAAAUGGGAUAUCCAACAAGAUCUGGAAGUUUCCAGCAUUUGAGAGAGUUGAUCAGAAACCAGAAAGCCCGAGAACUCCAAAACCAGAGGUUCGCAGAAGAAGAAGCUGCAAGAGCAGAAGCGAUGAAGAGCUUGACGAAUUUCGGAAAUCAGCGUGCAUCAAUGUAUCCAGACAUGUACGAUAUGGAGGAACAACCCGUUCCAGAGCCUGAACAUUACAUGGGUCGUCAGGGACUUAUACAUUUUCCAGAUUUGUUAGCACCUUCAACUCGCCACGAGCCUGUGGAACAAUAUAUCGAGGAUUACGGUUAUCCAAGAAUCAGACCCAAGUCUCCAGAUAGUUUAUUGGGCAGUUCCUUCGCCUAUACUGAUUACGAUGGAUUCUACAUAUAGAGUGCAAAAGCAGUCAAGAAUAUGUUAUUCCAUGUUAUUCCAUUCGAUGUUUUAUCCAUGAUAGGCCCUUCAACCAUCACACCGACAGUUUCACUCUUUUAACUUCAGUCAAAAUUCUCAACUGAAAACAUAACAUAAGAAAGAUAAACUGUUUGGGAUUUGAAUCGGAGACUUUGGAGAUAUGUACAUUUGAAGACAAUUAUUGUUGAAUUCUAAAUGUAAAAAAAAAUUGUUUAUAAAAUAUCAGAAAUCGACUGAUUUUCUAUUUGAAAGGUGCUCGACUCACGGAUGUUGUUUUGAUUCACCCCAAAUCCACUGAACGUAGCUCUGAAGUAUUGUCAAUUUCAAGAUUCCACAUCGGAUAAUUCAUCUACACACUUAAAAAUCAAUUCAAAAUUUAUUUUAACUUGGUAUUUUUAUCAGAGUAAGAAUUCCAUUUGAAUUUAACGAAAACAAUCAAAAUGAAGAAGAGUACAAAUAGGAGACACAAUUUUAUUUCGAAAUGACUAUUUUGUCAUUGUAGAGGCUGUGAUAAAUCUCAACUUUCACAUAAUUUCAAACAAACCAAAUGAAAAUUAUCUGAGUAAAAAACAGAAGCAUAUUAAAUUUCAUUAUGAAAAAAGUCAUCCAAAUGAUGCCAUUUCUUUUUCGGGUGGUACAUUUUCAGAUUGUUCGACUUGCAAUUAAUCAUCAUAAGCUACGUUCAGUGACGUUAAUGACCAAGUUCUUAAAAUGUUUACAUUUUUUCAUUGAUUUCGAAUUUCACAUAAAUUUGCAUUUCGCAUUAAUUUCAAUGAAGGCAUAUGGAGAGGAAAUUUGAUUGUCCAAUGUAGUGGAAGUGAAAUAAUUUGGAUGAGUAGGGAUGAUUUUAGAUCAUAAAGGCUGGUGUGAUUUUUAUCAUCUCAGAUUUUCUUACUUAUGAGAUAUAUUUCCUCAUAUUUAAUUUAAAUAAUAAUGUACCGAUAUUAUUUUCGCUGACAUAUCUCCCAAUUAAAAAAGUACCUUCAUUUUCUUCUUAGGGAUCACGAAUUGAAUAUGAAUGUUAGGAUAGUUAAAUGUUUUGAAAAUAAAGAUAGUCUAGCGGCAAAUUUAAUAUUCGGAGUAUUUUAAAUAGUGUGCUUUUAUAGAAUAAUAAUAUCAGCUCUCAUAUAUAUCCAGGAAGUAAAAAGGAAAUUUUCUAGAAGUGGAUUAACAUGAGAUUUUUCAAUGAGAAAUAAUUAAAUGGAAUUCGUCUUUGUUUCUGGAUAAUCCACUCGAAAUGAUGAAAAAAAACCAAUACCCAUUUCAGAAUACUUUGAAACCCUCUUUGAGGUGUUCUAAUGAAUUUUAGAUAUACAGUUGUCUUCCUACUUGAUAUCAGAAAGAAAAGAAAGGACCCAAAAUAAUCACCCUUAUCCUCCUAUGAAAAGUUUCACUGGCACACAACAACAGUCGGUGAUCUUCAACGAAGAAUAUCAAUAAAACGACAUAUCUGAACGAUAUCACUAUAAUCAAAACAGCAUCCGGAAAUGGAUAGGCUUGAACAUAGUUUAGAGAAGUGAGCUUUAGAGCACCUAGAAUUUUGCAAACGUGCAAUCAUCUUGUUAAAUAAAUGUUUUUACCAACCUAUGUAAAAUAGAAAUACGAAAAUCUGGUGAACGUUGAAAUGCCAAAUAGAAUCUCAAAGUGUUUGCAGUCUUCUUUCAUUAUGGAAUAAUCCGAAAAGUGGAAAAAUGAGGUCCGAAGGAAUGCUACAAGUACAAAAUUCGCAUGUUGAAUUUAAUACACGAAUCAGGUAUUUGCACAGAACAUUAUCGAGGAAUGUGAUGAAAGACAAUAACCUGAUAAUCACGACAAUAUUGUCAUCAGUCAAAAUCGCGUUUAAAUAAGAAAAAACUUCUAUUUUUCGAAAACAUUACCUUGAGACCUUUGUCUUCUCUCAAAAUUUUACAAUCGAAAUCCCGUUUACACUGCCAUGAGCCGUUUAAAGGUCUUAGAGUAUACAUACAUCAUAGACCUAUCAACGUCUUAUCAGACAAUUUUUGAGACUAAAGAUUUUCUUGAAAGGAGCUGUAGGAGCCGAAUUGCGAUAUCAAUGUAAGUGAGAACACCAAGAGCGACUGAAAACCGUAUAAAGUUUCAGUUAAUUUCUUAAUGGUCAAUUGAAAGUUAUUGAUAUAGUUGAGGAGUUGUGAUUGACAAUAAAAAUUUCGAGUAGAACAGAAAACAGGAAGUAGCAAUUGAUUAUAUACAUAGAUAAACAUUCUCUAUAAUCCAGUUUUAUAAGAUAAUCGAAAUUAUUUCAGCAAAUCGAAAUGUUCGUCGCAAAUACCUGAUCUCGACAUCAACGUUGUGGCCAGUAGAUAUUGCCUUAAUUCGUUCAGUAGCAGCUUUUGAAUGAUUCCAAUUUGAGCCACGUAAAACAUCCAGCGUGAAGACACAUCAGACUCUCAUUGAAAUGCCAACGGGACCUUCAUAAACCCCUGAAGGAUAGAAAUGUUAUUCCACCUGACAGUUUUCGUUGGAACUGAGGGGUCUUUUACUUUUGGACGAGGAAAAACUGAGAAGAUGGAUGACAUUAUUCUCCCUCGAGAUCAUUCCCAAUCCUGGUUUUGUCUAUUUACAUAAGAUCGGAAUGUAGUAUUGGACAGUGGAAUAUAUCUCUCAAAUUCACCUUGUUAUUAGAAGUCGAAUUUAUUCAGAAGUUUGAUAAACCAUAAUUUUGUUGAUGAUACGAAGAUGUUUGGCAAUAUCUGCUGUGCUAUAUUCUGUUGAAUGUUCUCGAAUUAGUGAAAAAUGUCAAUUUGGAAAACCUACGACACAGAAAUGAUGAUGUAUUUGUAUCGGAGGAUCAUAUAGGGCCAAUACUAGGACGAUAUGAACACAUCCUUUUAGAAAUAAAAAUCUGCAUAGUUCUUUAAGGAUAGUAGGUAAUUAAUGAAAAUUUGUUGAACCGACAGCUGGGAGUAAACUUUCGAAUUGCUUGGCUUAGUGAAAUUUUCAACCGUACAGGCAUUCUGUGAUGAAUGAAAUACUGACAAUACUUAGCCAAAACCUAUUUGUGGGGUCUGAUGAAUAAACCAUUCAAUUAACACUUAGCUUUUAUUUUAUAUGUUAUAUUUGUAUCUACUACCUAUAUUACUUGCCGAUGACAAAAUAAAUUAUAUAUUAGCAAGCAAA